AUGGCGGACUCGGAACUGCGGCAGCGCAAGCCGCAACACGCCGCUGCGGAAGACCCCAUCGAGCCGGCCAGGAGGAAGAAGACGGCCCAGCAGCUGGUCGACGAGGAGGAAAAGUACACGUACUGGGUCGACGCCCUGCGCGUCAUCAGCUUCCUAUUCCUGGCGUCGUGCGCGCUGAGCUACUGGAUCAGCAACGGCGAGAGCUUCUUCUGGGGCCAGAAGCACAAGCCCAACUACAUGAGGGUGGACUGGUGGAAGGCCAAAUGGAACGGCCCCCUCUACCUCACCCCCGAGCAGCUCUCCGCCUACGACGGCAGCGACCCCUCCAAGCCCGUCUACAUCGCCAUCAACGGCACCAUCUUCGACGUCUCCGCCGGCCGCCACAUCUACGGGCCCGGCGGCUCCUACCACUACUUCGCCGGCUGCGACGCCGCGCGCGCCUUCGUCACGGGCUGCUUCGCCGAGGACCGCACCCCCGACAUGCGCGGCGUCGAGGACAUGUUCCUGCCCCUCGACGACCCCGAGACGGACGCCCAGUGGACCGCCGCCGAGAUGGAGGCGCUCAAGGCCAGGGAGCGCGCCGCCGCGCGGAAGCAGGUGCACGACGCGCUGCGCCACUGGGUCAACUUCUUUGGCAACAGCAAGAAGUACCAUCGGGUUGGCUUUGUCAAGAGGGACGACGGGUGGCUGGAGAGGGAGCCGAGGAGGGAGCUUUGUGCGGCGGCGCAGCAGGGACGGUCGAAGAGGAAGCCCAGGCAUGGGGGGGAGGACAAGUAG